AUGAUUAAUUAUCAUAUAAACACACUAAGAGGAAUAGCGACAGACUAUACGCCAGUUUUGUUUGAAGAUUUAUUCUUUGAUAAGAGUCAUUUGAGUACUAAUAAAAUGGGUGCUAUAAGUCUUUAGAAUCUUGAAUAAUUAAGAGCUGAUCCAAAGUCAAUUAUGGAAAAUUUGGUGAUUAAUGAUGUGAAUCAAUUAGUGCAUGAGUUGUCAAACAUGCCAUAAUGUCUAAUAUGCACAUCAUGUAAUGAUUUUGAUAAAUUGAAUCGAUUACUUUAAUAUUGUUAGCACAUUGAUAUAGCCAUUGGAUAUCAACACAACAUCUCAAAAUAAUUGAAUAAUCUGCCUCUGUAUUCAGUUGAUAACCUAAUCAAGAAAUUAGAAAUGGAAAUAACGAUGGGAACCAACAAUCUGAAACCAGCAUUCAUAGGCAUCAUCAACUUUGAAGAAAUAGAUUUCAACAAUCAAAUUUGGAUUAAUAUCAUGGAGAGUUAUAUUUAAUGUUCUGAGAAUUGUGGAAUACCAAUUGUGGUUGAUCAUAAUCAUAGAUUGGAAUUCAAAGAGAUUCAGCAAAAAUAUAAUUUAAGAAAAGCCAAAUUCAUCAUUCUAAAUCCAUACGUAGAGGUCAAAAUUACAAAAUAAAACUAUUGUAUCAAAAGAGAAAUCAAUAUUGAGUCGGUUGAUUUAAAAUAGAAGAUUGUGUUCAAUAAAAACGAAGUGGAUUAUGAGUUGUUUACCUUAUUGCCUGUAUAUUUCACGGUUGGGAUUAAGUAUAAAACACAUUUGAAAAUGUUUGGAGGUAAUGGGUUUGAGAUUGUGAAAUCAGAGACACAGGAAUUGUUCGAUCUAUUGAAGUGGUCUAGUUAGGUUAUCAAAAUAGUGGAAAUCAAGAUGUGGAAAUGUCCUAUGUAAUGAAAUUGAAUUAAAGAGUAGCUGUCAAAAAGAAUAAGGAGAGAAUGAGGAGAGGUUUAAGAAGAUGGGAAAAGAGUUCUGUAGCAUGAAAUGUUUGAGACAAGGAUUGAAUUGA